AUGUCAGUUUCUCAACACUCGCAAACCUCAGAAGAGGAUGCAGAAACAAUCACUAUUCCUAUUGAUCGGUCGUUUAGUGAUGGCGAUCCGUCUACUUGGCCUACAGAGCCCCGGUUCGGGAUGCCGGAUGAUACAUGGUAUCGGGAGAAGCUGGCCAUCAUGUGGCUGAAGGAGACGGGGGCUUAUGAAGAGGUUUGUAUCAACGUUUGUGUAAUUUCUUUGCCUGAUUGGACGGGUCGCGAGCGGACGGUUUGGAUUCAUUACAGUCUGCCAGAAGGCUAUGCGGUCUUUGACAGGCCGCGUUGGACAAAUCCAGACAUCGUAAGUACUGCUACUGAACUGUGGGACUUAUAUACUGACCGACCACAGCGUGACCGAUUUCUCUGGGGACAUCCACUUGGGCAGUACUUCCCCUCUACAAUCCAGUUCUUUCCACACUUCCUAUACCUGAUGAAGGGUGGGAAGGAACCGUGCCCUUGCAUUCUUUGCGAGAAAUUGGCAAAGAAGAACCAGCGCAUCAAAGUGAAACUCAAGGACAGGGGUGAAAUAGAUGAGCCCAUCUCAGAACCUUUAAGUAUGGACUGGAAGUCCGAAAGACCUGGCCUGGGGGAGUAUCUGCAAAAACUAAGAAUGCAACCUUCCUAUGUUCCUCGCGCUGGUGAAAUUGUCCUCUGGGUUCCUAAUUUCGAGGGCGAGUUGGCCUGGAACCCAGAACACGCACGCGUCGAGAUGUACGACCCGACCGUCGAUCGGUUCAUAGGCGUUCCUGAGUGGCGAGCAGGCAUCGUCGGCCAGGUCCCAGAGGAAGACACGGUGCUGCAGGAUAUAGUCGAGACGGCUAAUAAGGAAUGGGAAGUGAAUUAUUCUGGAUUCCGUGUUGAAACGUUCCCCGAUCCCAACAGCGCGGACAAGAGCUACUCACUGCAGUACAAGUACGUUCACCUGAAAUGCAUCAAGCCAUUCAAUGGGUACGAGCUCUUUUUGCAGAAUAUGCCCCGGGACGAACUGCACCCUUCAAUCGAGUACGCCAUGACCGUCAUGUCAUCAUUCAGCCUACUUGAAAAAUUCCAUUUUCGAGGAAGGUGGCCGAAUGCGUCCAUCUACUGUAUGGGCAUAUUCAUUGGGGCGGAACUCCUCAUUGUAGGAGAUGCCGUCCGCUUGAAACCGGUGGGCUAUUCGCUCAGUAGCGGCCAAAAAGCAGUUACGGACGUCAUGGUGAUCGACGAGAUCCGGCUCGAUCUGAUCCAAUGCGUUGAUGACAUCAAAUCAGACCAGCUCGCAGAGAGAUAUCAGGUGCGCCUUGGAGGCAAAGUCUACACGAACAACCGCCAGCGAGCGGUGAUAGACAACUCGAUGCAACCGCCCAAACCCCUAUCUCCCGAAGAAGUUCUCAGCGUCUUCCAGUACAUCGGCAUGAGCGGGUACGGGGACUGGUAUAGUCUCAACGGUGGUAAGACGGUAGACAUCUCCCAGGGGAUGGUCAUCGGCCGGUGCUAUGAACCCGAUGCCAUGCGGCUGCUGUUCGGUAGUCUCUCGCUGGGCCGGGAUCUGCACGGCGUGCUGAGUGGACGACAAUACUCUCGGCAAGCGGAUGAGCGUAUCCCGGAAGGCAAAGACUGGUUCUGGGGCGACUUCCGAACGCAGACCCUGGCGGUCGAGACGCUGAACGGCGAAGACGUCGGCCAUUACAGUGAAAUCCGCGAUGUGAAGAUGUGGCGGGCCAAUCUGAAGGUCAUCGAGGGCAGAGCCACUGCAGCUGAUCUCAGAGAGGCCAAGAUUCCCGGCGAGCUCGGACGACCGAGCCACAAGUCACGAUCGGCGUUUGCGGAGGUGCGCAAGACGAGCAAGCUGGUGAGCACUGGUCUAGGGGCGGUUAUCACGGAUGUGAGCAACAAUUCCAGCUCGGCGGACGAGAGCAAUGCCCAGACUCGGAUGAACACUGAAGACGAAGGGGAGGAAGAAUCGCCCGAGGAUGAGGAGGAUUUUACGUUGCGUUUGGAGGACCUACGAGGAGGGACUGAGGAGACAGAAGGUGGAGACUACGUGCCUGGGAACGAUGGGCAUACGGCAAAGCGGCCAAAAACAUGA